AUGGAUCCAGUGACCGCAGAGCGGCUCCAGAAGCUGCAAAUGGCCGAUCUAGGAACAGCAAGACGUGAGCACAUCUCGACUGCGGAUAGCGCAAAGUUCAACAAGCUUCGUCUUGAAGACAUCGAAGCAACCCGGCUAUCGAACAAAGUCGGAUCCAGGGCCCAACGUCUGGCCCAGACAAACAAGGAUAAACUCGCGGGAUGGACCAACGUGCACAAGACUAUUGGAGAUACGGAAGACCUAGAGGAUCUCGACAACUUGAUGAAUGGCCAGAGCCACCGUGCACAUCUCAACGCCAGCCCCGAACCUCGGGGCGCGGAGGCGGCGUGGUUGGAACUCGAGGUCGACGGGUCGCUCCCUACGAACUCGGUUCCCAUUCCACCUGACCGAAAGCGUGUGCAAGACCUAGCGCUAGUUCCAGAGAUCAAGAAAAAUGACCAUGAAACAAGUUCUCAGGGAACAAAAGCGUCAUCUUCAAGUGUAUCUUCUUUCCCCCAUGGCAAAAAACCGCCGGAUUUCCUCAAAAGCAGAAGGCCGAUCACGGGUAAGGGCGACUUCUCUAGAUUGAUCAGCCCACCAGAGAGCUUCAUGGCUGCCGCUCGACAGAUGAUGCAGAUUCAGAGCAUAGUCAGAGAACCCUCCGCACCUAAGACGCCGCCACCGACAGUCAGUGAGCCGGUGCAAAGUCGGAAGGCCGUUACAGAAACAUCCAAAACUAAGGCAUUGCCGCCUAAGGUAGCCGAUAAGAAUGAGCCGAUGCUAAAUCGGGAAGUCCAAGACGUGGAUAAAGCCAGAAGUUCCGUUACAUCCAACAAAGAAGAUCCGGCCAAGAAAGGCACUCAGACGUCUGUUGAUGGCAACGAAUCCAUGUUGACACAGAACAGAGGCGAAGGUCCUUCUAAAGCAAAGGAUGCUCCUAAAGUCAAGGAUGGUGAAAUUGAGAACAGUGAUUCGAAGGCUAUGAGCCUGUUGCACCCAAAAGACCAGGGGCAGACUAUCUACCAGCCAAAGUGUCACCAAAAUCAGCCUUCGACUCCAUUGAAGGAAGCUCUGGCGCCUAAACAGGCGACUCCCAAUAACAAGACAAGCACAGAAACAGCCAUACUUCUGGACUUCAGUGCUACGCCACCUCGAGGGCCCUCUCUUCAAGAUGACUUGGCAAGCCCUGCACUCCAGGACCUCAAGGGACUACAAUUUCAAGAUAUGUUGUUUGAUAGAGGUACUUUAAGUUUGGGGCAACGGGAACUGUGCAAUUCUACAUUCGCCCCAGCAAAGAAGUUGGGCUUCCAAGAUACCGAGGAGGAGAAAGCUAACGCGACUGACACUCAAGUUUCAACGCCCGUCGCGCACCCCAGUCCACAUGAUACCCACCAGCGUGACAUAGAACUACUAUGCGAACUUAUGGAAUCGGCAUCAUUGUCCAAUGAGCACCGUGAAAAGCUAAAAGAGAUAGAAGCGGAACUAUACAAGUCCCAGGGACCUACCCCAGUGAAACGCAAGACAACCACCAUAAAAGUCCCACAAACCCUUCUACCGGAAAUGAAGCGAGAAACACCAGAGGAAUUGUUGGGUCCUACGUCAUCUUCUGUGGCACAAACACCAAUCGUGACAGGCAUGACACGCUCGACGCCAGCACCCACGAACAGCCCAAGCCCGCAAAGCCAGUGGAAUAUCAAAGCGCCGCCGUUCGUCCCACGCGAUGUCUCGAACUACCGCUCACCACCAGAUUGUUCCUCCAGUGAUUCCACCGGGAGUCUGAAAUCACCUCCUCAACCCGGUCAACCGAUGCCUGUCGAUAUCGAUCAUAUCAUCGGCGACCACCUGCUACCUGGAAGGAGGGGAAGUCAUGGAGCUCUAGGCUCGGUUCCCAUGAAUGUGUCUACUUCUGCUGUCCCAGACAAAUCUUCAGUCAAGUUCGACAUGCCAAAGGCACCCCAGUCAACUCGUGCUCUUCCCCUGAACAACCCCUUCUCUCCCCGACCCAUUGAGAGUCUCAAAAAGCCCACCGGGUUUUCCAUACCACAAGUCCUUCCUAGACUCACCGAGCCUUCCACUCCUUUAAGAGUGCCGAAGAGCAGAGCAGUCCGCAUUACGGACCCCAACGGCAACGAUUUGAGCGAAUCAAUCUACGCCCCUAAGCUCGUCGGAUCCAGACCAAUUGUCAGAGCUCCCAGCAACGCAGUACCGACUGGCGCCGUGAGAAUCACCAGCCUCAACAGCAGCACCACGAGUCAACAGGUCCACGCCGCUAAGCCCGUCGAAUCCAGAUCAACAUUCGGUAUCCCCAGCAGAACCACACCAAGCAGUGCCGUGAGAAUCACCGACCCCAACAGCACCACCACGAGCCAACAGACCCACGCUCGCAAGCCCGCCGAAACCAAGCCUAAAACCACCGUCCGUCCAGCGGUGAGUGGCCUGGAAGGCUCGAUAUACGCCACAUCUCCAUCCCGCAGGCCUCGCCGUUAGGCUGGUCAAUAAGAAUAUUCAAAGUUCAAUACGUUCCGCUAUCUCGUUCUGUAUUUAAUCGGAAUCUGUUUUCCUGUUUUACUUCCUUGCAAUGUUAUUUGCUCUCCCUCCUCCUGGUUCUUCUUUUCCCUUUUGUCUUUUCUUUUAACCAGCCUUGGU